GUACCCUGGCAUUCCCCCGGCCGUCGGAGGUGAGGUGGUGGCGCUGUACGUCCGGAAAGUAGGUAGGAAGUCUGAUGUCGUUUUCGCAAAAGGAAAAGUAUAUUAUUAUAUUAUUAUCCAUUCGGUUUUCCAAAGCCUUUCGAAAUAAUUACUUUUAACACUAUAAUUUACAUCGUAAAUCAUGGGAAGUGAGGUACGCAUGAGAUCAGAAGUAAAUGACUUAUUAAGUGCAGCACUGAAACCAGAACACUUUAACAAAAUUAGACAGGAGUAUCCAGAAUUUGCGUAUGAAGAAGAUUUUGAAAACUUACUUUAUUAUCUGGAGAAAGAUCGUAAGUGCAUAUCCGGGACAGACUUCUGUGAGUUGAUAUUAUUGCUGAAAAAAAUAGGUUUGGAUGAAGUAGCAAAAAGAAUUCCCGUUGCUCAGAAGGUACCAGAAGAAGAAUAUGAAGCUCUAAAAAAAAUGAUUGAAAUGACUUUUGAUGACAGAAAGUACAGAAAUAAAUAUAUGGGACAAUUUAGGAAUAGAAUCAUUGUUUCUUAUAAAUUGAAAAGUGAGGAUUUUCAGGAAUGUUCCAUGAGAGAGAUCAUUGAAGAUUUAGAAAAGCUACAUCUGCUUUCUAAAAGUAUUAGCGAUAUACUUAAAUUUCGACAAGUUUUUAUGACCUGUGGUUGUAACGAAGUCGUUAACCAUAUAAAUUCAUUGGAGAACGUGACCGGGGUAGAAGAAACUCCAAUGGAUACAACCGAUGCAAGAGUUGCUAAUACACCUCAACAGCAUACACAUCCAUCUGGAAGUAGAAUACCACAAGGUGUUCAAGAGCAGAAUCCAGGAACCAGUGAAGCGACAACUGGUGGCGGUGAUCACUCUGGGAUACGUACAAGUGAACCUCCAACUACUGGAGCAUCCCCUACGACAGGUGAUCAUUCUUCUGGAAGACCUACAUGGCAACCGCAAAACACUGGAGCUUCCCCAAAUUCAGAUAGUAAAGGGGACUGUGAUCUGUAUGACGAGAGAUGGCCCUUUGACCGUGCCACGGAUCAGCGAGCAGAUGAUAAACAAACAUGGAAGCUGGAAAUAACAAUUAUCAUUACUUUUUAUGAAGCCGAUAGCAAAAGCACCAAAAGACAAAUUAAAUUUGUCUUGUCGAUACAGUAUGCAACAAAUAUUGCAAGACAGUGGGUGCUGUUGAAAUUGAGGAAAUGAGCUAUAUUUUGGGUCUAUGAAUGAUGCAUAGCCUAGGCCUACAGUAGGCCUACUUAGUGGAUACAGUGCUCUUUUAUUACUUGGUUAUAGGACUCGUAGAAUCUAUGUAUGAGCUACAGUAUAUAAAACAAAUGUUGACUGCUCUAGAUUUGGGGUAAAAUCUAUAGCGCUCGGUGAUUCUACGAUCUCCACAUCACCUUGGGGCAAUAGAUUUCGCCAUUACCCUCAUGAGCCAUCAAUAUUUGUAUGCUACAGUAUCUGUACUAUUAUUUAGCUGUAGAGUAUUACUAAAAACACCACCACUGCUAUCACUAUACUGCUUCUAUUGUUGAUUCUAGGAUUCAUUGCUAACAAUCAUCCAUCCAUUACAUUGAUUGGUAAAGUGGUAACCAUAGAGCUAAUAAAAAAUGUGGAAAAUACAAACAUUUGGGCACUUCUUUGUUAAAAAGUAAGCUUUAGAUUUUCAAGAAUUUGGUAUGGCUUGACAACACAAAUUUUUAUUUUUAAAGUGUAAAUGUGAUUUUGAAUUUUGGUAUGGGGAAGAGGAUGAUGAUUGUGGUGGUGAUGAUGAUAAUUACUACCAUCAUUACUACUACUACUACCCAGUGGUGGCUCCAGAAAUUUGCUGACGGAGGAUCCGACAUGUCAGACAGGAGAUUCAAACCAAGAAGCUGACUAGAGCUUCAGUCAGGGUCCUAGAAUAAAAAUCUUUGGUAGGGUUCAUGGGGAGAGUUGGGCUUAGUAUGGCCUAAAAUUGUGCUUUUAG